GGCUUUGGGACCUUUCACUUCCACAUCCAGGAAAAUGGCGUCCGUCAGUGCAAGCACAUUUUAUGGGAAGAGGAAAGAAAGGGAGUCAUUCUCAGAGGCAGAGAGAAUUUUACUGCGAAUCGUUGAGGGAAACUCAGAUAUUGAGUUGUCUGAUGAAGAAAUGCAAGAUGCAGUGUUUGAGCCAGACGCAGGGGAAGAUGAUUCAGAGAGCUCUGAGGAUGAAACUCAGGCAGGGCAAGCAGAUGCAGAAGAGUCAGAUCAAGCAGAACAGUCCACAUCUAUGUCCAGUCGGAGUCCACUGUGGAGCAAGACUUCAAAAUUCAAAUUCCAACUUGAUGAUCCUCCCAUUAUCCAGAGCAAUGAUUCCAUGACACGCCAAAACUGGACCCCAAUGGAUUAUUUUAAGCAGUACAUUGAUGACUCCGUGUUUGAAGAAAUGGCCCUGUGCACAAAUCAGCGUGAAGUACUUUCGUCUGGAGCAACACUAAAUACCACUCCUGAAGAACUGAAGACAUUUUUUGGGAAUUCUAUUUACAUGAGCUGUCUAGGAUAUCCAAACAUUCAAAUGUAUUGGGCCUCAAAUACCAGAGUUCAAAUUGUGGCAGAAUCCAUGACCAGAAAUCAGUUUUACAAGCUUAGAAAUUCCAUUAAGAUUGUCAAUGACCUGGAUGUGCCAGAUGAUGAAAAAACAGGAGAUCUCUUGUGGAAAAUCAGGCCCCUCUUGACCAAAGUGAGGCAAGGAUGUCUGAGUCUGCCUAGAACAGGAAAAUUGUGCAUUGAUGAGCAAAUGGUUCCAUUUACUGGUCGAUGCCCAGUGCGCCAGUAUGUACCAGGUAAACCACACCCAACUGGGCUGAAGGUGUUUGUCUUGGCCGCACCAACCGGUCUGGUCUUAGACUUUGUGAUCUACCAAGGCAAGACUACCUUCAAAGUUACAGAAGGAAAGGGCAUCGGAGAGCAAGCCGUUCUUCAUUUGGCAGAGUCUGUUCCCAGAGGAACCCACCUGUUCUUUGACAGGUUCUUCACAACGAUCAACCUCCUCGACACCCUGAUGGCAAAAGGGAUGACAGGGACUGGAACCCUCAUGACAAACAGGGUGCCAAAGGAGUGCAAGAUCAUAGGGGAUAAACCCUUCAAAAAGAAAGGAAGAGGGGCAUCAGAGAUGGUAGUCAGAAGAAGCACUCCUGAACUUGCUGUCAUAAAGUGGUUGGACAACAAGCCAGUUGCCAUGGCAUCCUCCGCCUAUGGUAUUGAACCUCAGGACACACGCAGAAGAUGGUCCAAGAAGGACAAAAGGUUUGUCCAGGUGUCAAGGCCACUGGCAAUUGCUGAGUACAACACCAACAUGGGUGGUGUGGACUUGGUUGACCGAAUGUUGAGUUUCUACAGGAUGGCCUCUCGCACUCGGAAAUGGACAGUGCGUGCAGUUUUUCACUUUUUUGACCUGGCAAUCACCAACUCCUGGCUUCAGUAUAAGAGUGACAGCCAGUUUCUGGGGAAGAAACCACUGAAGUUCCUUGACUUCAAACUGCUCCUUGGUGAAGACUUGAUUACUCGGGCCCAAGCAGGCAUCGCAAGUGAUAGCGAAGAUGACUACACUCCACCACGUCAAAAGUGGAAACCGCAGCCAAAUGCAGCUUUCAGACACUAUGGCGCCAUCCAUCUUCCAGAGAUGGUGGACGAAACGCAUGCAUCGCAGAUCCAGCUGCAAGAGCAAAACAUACGUGAUGUGCACAAAGUGCAAGGUAUUCCUUUGUGUUUCCAAGAAGGGGAAUUGCUUUUUGAAGUAUCAUACCAAAUAAGGACUAACUGGUUGCCAUCAAGGUUCAGUUUCACAUACGGCGUUCCGAUGUUCACUGUGGAAACAUUAUAUCUUAAAAGCAUAACAAAGCAAAACAAAAAAACAAAAGUGAUGAUGGACAGUUAUGUGGAUGUCAAACUCGUUCUUAUGAUGACUUUUUGAAAUUUUCAUUGGGACUAACUAGUUGCCAUCAAGGUUCCGUUUCACAUGUAUGGCGUUCUGAUGUCCACUGUAGUGGACACAUGAUAUCUUAAAAAUAAAAACUUUUUUUUCAAAAAAAAUGUUUUCAGCAUUCUAAUUACUUAACAAGGAUUGGGGAAUUUAAAAAAAAA